CAAGUGAUCGUGUCAGUCGCGAACGAGCAGGGCUGCAAUUCAAACGUGUAUAACGGAUGAGAAACGGAAAAUAGAUUUGAUCGUGUACAAAUAGUGGUGCACUAACUCGCUUAAACGAAUUUCCUUCAGCUACAUACGUAUCAUUUAAUAUUUUUUAGUUCUGCACCGCAAAGUGGUAACGAAGUAAUUAAGGGUGCUUUAUAUACAAGAUUAAUUGGCGGUUAUACAGAUAUACUGGAAAAGUGUUGUACCGAGGCGUUGGUGUGACCUAUUUAACGGAGUUCAUGUUUAUGUGUGUUAAAAACUAAAACAAAAAAAAAACGUUAACAUAUAUUAAGAAUAAUAAAAAAUAAAAAUUUAACGAAUACAUAAGUGGAACUUGAAAAGGAGGCUACAACUGCCAAUUUAAACGACUAAUCAAAUGAGCUAGUAAAAUCAAAACUAAUAUACUCGUACAUACGUAAAUAAUAUUUGUGAAAAGUCAUAAAUUAACCCACUUUCUCGUGGUAAAUGAUUUCAUAUGAUACAUACAUACAAAUUAGAUGUGCAGAUUACAAAAACAAAAUCCUAGUGAAAUAAAACGGCAAUCGUGACUACCCAAAAAAAUUAACGGACACACAAACACUAAUUUCAUUAAAAUAAAACGAAAAGUCAGCAGCAACAAUAAUAACAUCAAACAGUGCAUACGUCAAAUUUAAAGUGACUGUGUUUGUAGGAGAGGUGGUAAAGUGUGCAGUGUCGGUAAAAAAUCAGCGGUAAGUGCACAUGUUGUUGAAUCAUUGCAAAUUGCCAUCUUAACUUCAACUACACCAAAACACAAAUUUACAAUACCAACUAGUGCUGACACACACAUUCGCACAAUAUAAAUAACACCUUUGGAAUUUGUUUUUGCACAAAAACAGCUUCACGUGAGGUAAAAAAAAUUGUAACUGAUAUUUCAUCGUACACAAUCCCAGGUUUAUUUUGAGAGAAUUUAAUAGCGCACGAACAACAAAGCGAGCAACAACGAGUUAAGUAAAAACAAAAUUAAACAAAGUCGUAUACGUUACAGCGUUUCCUUUUACAGCGCGCAUUUAUUUACUCGUUUAUUAUACUGAAUUUUCGGCUUUGGUGCUUAAAGUCAAGCUGCUCCCAUUUUGGAGCGCACCUUACUUGCUUGAAGGCGCUGAUAGUGUAGAUCUACAGCUGUUGCGCUUGCAAAAAAGCAGCAACACAAAUAACCCAGAACAAAGUGAAAAAAAUACUGCACAAAAAGUGCUAAUUUGGCACAGAAUCGCCAAUAAGGAGGAACUCGCCUUAAGCGAAAUCGAUCGCAACAGUUUGACGGUCGGUCGGUCAGUUCACAUACAGUAAAGCUACAAAGACGUACGCCUGUGAAUAAAUUCAGUUGGCGAGUUAGUGAGUGUGUGCGUGCAUUUGCUCUUUGAAGACUAAGAUUUUGCACGAAAAAGGAACACAAGUAAUAAAAAUAAAACAAAAAUCAAGUGAAAAAGUCGCAUCAUUUAAAAAUUACACAAACGAAACCAUAAAAAACGCAUAAACUGUAAAACGGUAGACAACGACAUUCGUUGUGAAGACAAAAGAAGCCAAUUGGCAGCUCGUUUCCUUUUCCUUUUUGUAUUUUUCCGUUGUGCGCGCAAUUUUUUAGUAUUCUCGCGGUUACGUUAACUUCAUUUCGUUUCUUUCAUCUCAUUUUAUUUUUAUUUUUGUGUAGUGUGUAAGUGCCUCAAUUUGCAUAAAUUUUUUCGACAUUUUGCACCUCUUCUAUAUCACUUUGAAACAACGUUGAAAGGCAUUGAAAGUAUAGCCACAGAAUAAAUGAAAAUCGUGAACAAAAAUAGCAACACAUCAAGAUUAUCCCCAUCAACAUAAAAAACAACAGCCGGCUCGUAUAGCUUACAAAAUAUCGAGAAUAUUACUUUUCUGCUGACUCCAUCGUCUCGUUUUUGCUGUAAAGUGAAUACCGACAGCGAAUAAACAAUAAAAUCAACAACAAAGAAGUAAGUUUUCAACACAAAGUAACGACAGUUUUUAAUUAAAAAAGCGCCACAAACAAAUAACGAAUGCAAACUGAGAAGAUUAUCUAUAUAAAUAAGCGGUGGUUAAAAUCAAAUUUAACAGACAUUUGAGACUAUGGCCACAGAGUUUAUACUGUCUUAAACACCGCCUUCUCACGCAAUACGUCCAUACGUCUAUAAACGAACAAACUGCGACAUUCUCAAGAACAAAAUGUCCUCUUCGAUAUGUCCACACUUCACGCAGAAUGCGUGGAAAAAGGAUCUCUGUUCAAAUUGUUUCAAAUCCAAAGAUGAGCACAAGCCCGGCAAUUCGACAUACACAUCUAAAUACUCUAGCGCCAUGGAUAGAUCGAAAUUCACCUCGAAUUUAUUAUCUAAAACUGAUUUGGAUAGCAAAAAGACUGAUUACCCAAACAAAAAUAAAUCACCCGUAAGAAGCAUCAUGAAGAAGUCUUUUGCCUCGCUAAAAUCUAAAAGCAGUAAAGGCAAAACGCAUAAGGUUUCCUUUCCGAAGAACAUCUCUGAAGUUAUUGGCGUCGGCGGCGAAUGGUCGGACAAUGAUUCUGAUGACGAUGAUGAUCAUGAUUUCAUGAAUAUCGGCAAUGAGCGCGACGACAAUGCCGCCACUAGCACCGACGACGAGGAGACGCUCGAGUUGAAUCGCAUCACACGUGCCAAUACCGAUUUCAAUAUGAACAAUGGCAAUUUGCUGGGCGAUCCACAGGAGAACAUUAAGCGUUCGUUUGCCGCGCUAAAACUUGGUGCUCCGCAAGUCGACAAAGAGGGCAAAAAACAAACGCUCAAGAUAAAUGUUAUGCCAUUUGGAGUCACAGCGUCUACUGAUAACCCAAAGACGGCGUCUUCGAUUACCUCCACAACUGCGAAGGCCAAAUUUGAGACGAGAACUAAUGAACCGAGUGAGCAAAUGGGGGUCAAACAGUGUGCAACUGUUGUUAAAUCUAUAAAGAAAGCAACGACAGCUACAACAUCGGCUACAAUAGCGUCAACGACCGCAACAAAGAUAACAACAACAGCUGCAACAACUACGACCAAAACGGUAACGUCCCAUAUAGUUUCCAGCGCUAGCAGUUUAUUGAGCGCGCAAGCCAAGCAAGAAGCUUUGGCGGCGAGCGAUGGUGAUGGCAAGAAUAGUCCGCCCAUCGAACGGGCUAUGGAAAAGUCGUUGUUGGACGAAAUCUCUGAAACGCUCGAAAAGAAACAGAGCGAAUGCAAGAAAUUGGCUAGCGAAAAGGAGGUGAGCAAUGCCACCAUCACUAACAGCAACACAAGCACAAACAAUAACACAAACAGCGGAGUAAGCACAGCCGCAGCCACAAACACAUCGUCAAAGAUUAAAUUCGAGAUUAGCAGCUUGAGCGAUGCCGUGGAGAACAAGCCAUUUCCUGAGCUUAAGAAGCCGAUCGCACGCAAUCCACCAAUUACAAAGGAUCAUGCUAAACCCAAAAUAAAUGUUUUCCAUAAAUACUCGGAUAGCGACAGCAAUUGUUCGGACAACGAGAAUGGCAUCUCAGCAUACUACGAUGUUGUCGAAACACAAAUAAGCUACGAGAAUCUGCCAGACGGCAAAUGUGAUGCAAAAGAUAAGCCUGCUGCUGACAUUGUUGGAUCCACUGUCCCAACAGCAACGGUGGAGAAAAAGUGCAAUAAGAAUGCAUCCAACACGAACGACACUUCCAUUUUCUCCAGCUCCCAAUACAUCACCGAUAUGCUGUUGUCAUCGAAGACACGCGCUGCUUCGUACAAUCUGCAUGAAGGCAACUUUAUGACCAGCAAAAUAACGUCUGAUGGGCUUAUUGUGACCAAGUGCAGCUCGGAUGAUGCGCUCGAUUCGACGGGCAGCAGUUUUGAUGGCAGCAGCGACGAGGAGACUUCAUACAAUAUGAUACGUAGUGAAUCGGAUUCAGGCAUCGGCAUCAGCAUUGGCAAUGAAUACAAGAACUGCGGCGCUGAAAAGGAACGCAUACAUGUUGAGAAAAAACUGAGUGUAAGUACCAACAACUCGGACUACGAGGACAUACAAGUGGCCAAUCAAACAAGCACAGCAAAUAAAACUCUUGCGGGCACUAAUGCGAAAACAAAAACAACAGCGGCUGCAAAGGCUGCUUUCAUUUUGGAGAAAAGCAGAGAGUUGCAUGGCGAGCCGGACGGAAGCGCGGAUCCAGAUGGAAGCUUGGAAAAGAAAGAGGCAAAUACCGCGCCGCAACAGUCACAGCUGCCUGCAUUGCCUAAAUCACCACCACCCACGAAACUCAUUGAUGCGCGCCCCUCAUUCCUACAUGGUUUACAAAAGCAGCACCCACCCAUUUUACUAAAGAAACCAGAUCUACCAGCAAAACCAGUGGUGUCACCAACCUGUACGCCGCUGAAAACAUUUGUUAGCAAGCGUACACCGACAAAUGCGGAACAACAAGUCAUCAAUCAAUUACAUUUGGUGAUAUCAAAAUCCAACGAAAAUCUAAACUUGAGCGUGACGCUAGAUGCUAUGAAAGAUGAUGCCAAACUAAAGAAAGGCCGAGCGCCAAAUCCGCCGCCUGAACAGAAAACAAGCGCACCACCAACGCCAGAACGCGACUACAAUGCCGCGCUAGAAUUCGAUCACACCAGCGCAUCAUCAAACGAUGUAGCAGUGGAAGGAACGAUUUCCCAAAAAGUCGCAAGCGCGGAACAACAAUCAGCGCCGACAAUAGCCCAAGCGCAAGCAGAAUCAAAAUUUAUUAAUGAUCACAACGUUGAUGUGAAGAAGUCAAACGAUCGAGAAGAAGCUGACAAAUUGAAUAUAGCAACUUGUCAGUCAACCAGUGAACUAACGACAACAGCAAUUGCCGCCAAAACUACCGCAACCCCUGCCACCAACGCUGGAGUAACUAACACAUCCAGCAUUUAUAACCGCAAAGCAAUACCAACAGCAACAAAUAAUACGAACAGCAAUAAUACGAAAAACGCCAAAAACGCCUCAUCGCCAGUGAUACGUGAGAAGGACAAACGUGAACGCGCUACAGUCAAUCCCAAGUUCCGUAGCCUCAACACAUUCGCAACGCAACGCAGCAAUGCACUGAAGAACAUGCAACUACAAUCGGCCACAUCCUCACUGAGUCUCAAGCAAACGCUCACCCCUGAGCCCUUGCCGAAGAAUCAUAAGAGCCUAUCUUUGUCCGAAGAGUGUCUAGCUGAUGUGACACAAACCAAUACGACGGUGAAUCUGCCAACAUUGCCGGCGACAAGUGACAAGAAGUUGACGGCACAACAACAACAGCAGCCGCAGCAGCAACACCAAACACCGCCACAAAAGACCAAAACGAAAUUUUCGAUCAAGAAAUUCUUGCGCAUGGGUGCCAGCAAAACGACGGACAAUCUGCACAAGAAGGACAGCAUCUACUCGGAGAUUUGUACGGGCGAGGAGGCGGGUGUGGUGGGUAAGCCACGCCUGGUGAUUAUUCAUCCGAUCGACAUUAAUCCGACAGCAGUAGAAGUAGUCAAAGACAUAACGAAGACCAGUGAUGCAGUGGCAGCCCAAACAGUGGCCGUGGUGACAGCCAAGCCACCGGCACCACCUCUUCGCAACAUAGAUACGCAACGCUCACACGAGCUAAACAAACCGGCACGUCCGCCGCCACCAAAGAGUGCAGAGCUACGCCGGAAGCAGGCAAUCAUUGGGUUGAAUGCCGUACCGAUGACGGUGACGGACGCACCGAUUGGCCGCAAGGCAAGCGGCAUAACUGCCAGUGAAGCAGGUGGCUCUAUGAAAUGCAAGUCGGAUAAUGUUUAUGCCAAUUUAGGCGAAAUUCGCUCAUCGAUUGCACCGCGCAAGCCAGAACGUACGGCCAGCAUGCGUGAGCGUGAAGCACAGUUGGAAUUGGCACGUAAACGACACGCCGGAGCGCGUAAUGAAAACGCCGAUACUAUCUCGAUUUGCUCGUCAAACGGUGAUAAUGUAUCGUUCGAACACAACAGCACUAACAACAACCACUUACACACUUCAAUCAAUCCCAAUGGUGCAAUCGCCGCCAAGCGUAACACGAACGGUAAUAGCUCAACCACAUUAAGUCCACAACUAUCACCGGCCGAUAGAGCUGUCACGCCCACAACGCCACUGGGUGAUGGGAAACCACCAACCGGGAGCCGUACGAGUACCUUUGAACGUCGUAAGAGUGACCCAAAAAUUGCAAUCGCAAAUAAAUUGGAAAUUUUCGAAAAUCGCACAACUAGCAACAACAAUUCUGGUAACAACACACCUGUAAUGAACGGUGCCAUGACAUCCAUCAACCACAACGAAGGGCGGCCGACCAGUUUGAAGGAUUCGGUGCGUAAAAUUAACAGUACUAUCGACAGCUACUUGAAGGACAAACGCGACUACGAGAAUAUGUAUGAAAUGGUGAAGAGUCCUUCAUCGCCCCCACUGCCACCGACACGCUCGGUCGAUUUAACAGCCGGUCAGCGUUUGCUGCCGCCACGUCGCAAUAAUAACAAUAAUAGCAACUUGUAUUCGGAUACGAUGUCGGUGACGAGCUACACACGCAGCGAAUAUGGGCCGGGUCGCAACUUCGGAUUGAACAAUAGUUUAGCCAACAUUCCACGCAUUAUUUCCGCUUCCUAUUGUGGCAGCGAGGUGGGUGAAUUUGAAAUUUACGCACCUUACAGUUAUUAUGGCAGCGAGGCAGGCGGUGAUGUAGCUACCGAUAUCAAUGACAGCGUAUGGGGCAUACCAUCUGCCAUCAAACAUCGUACUAAGGCUACAAAUCGUUUGCGUAUGCGCAAAGGGCGCAGUGUUGUACAUAAAACCAUAGAAGAUAAUUAUACCGCAGUGGUUGUGGCUAACCACGAGGCCUUGGCGCAGGUUCUCGAUCAGCUCCAGCAAACUCCCGUCAUACCACCCGCACUGCGGCCCCUAGCUAAUGCCAUCAAUUUGCGCUUCGAGGAUUUCACCAUACUGGAUGGCGCACAGGCGUUUGUGGUUGGCAAGAAGGCCUUCCAUGCGGCUCUCUGGACCACAGCAUCCGUCACUUUAGCGCUUUCGGCCGACUGUAAUCAGCUUUCAGGUGUUGGCGGUGAACUGAAUCAGCUAUCUGGUGGCGUCUGCGGUGUACUUAAUCCAAUUACAGAGUUUUGCGAUUUGGUACCCAGCUACCACUUGCCCCUAAUACCCUCGACCGCAGUGACUCUGCUACAAGCUACGAUUUCUGUACUGCCACGAUUGCAAUUGGAUACGCUACAGUCGAUUGGCGCCAUACUUAAGGGCAAAUCGCAGGUGCUGGACAAAAGCAACUUCAAUUUCCGUGGCUCCAUACCAAAUUUGGCCGCUGCCGGGUUGAAAGAUAGCGCCAGUGUGAAUGCAUUGCGAAAUGUGGUGUCAGUACAAAAUCUGAGCACCUUGAAUGAGGAGUCGUCCCUAGAGAAGAGUGGCGGUGUUUCCUUGGAGGCAGCGGGCGAUAGCGCCACUACGGCGGGCAUGCCGGCAUUUGACGAUGUUAUGACACGAGAAGUGGCCUUCAUAAUGCUACAACUGGUUAAUGGCAUGAAGAAUUUGCAGGGCAAAGCGAUCGAGGAGAUGCCGUUAAGCUUGUCGAAUGUGGUACUAUCCAAGGAUGUGGAAAAUAAGGAUGCGCAGGCACGACUCUGCGUGUUGCAAGGCAACAACAAUGAAGAGGACGAACCCAUGGGUACACUUUGCAAGUGUGCACACAUCGCACUCACCGAUCUUUUGCCGGCUACCAAGAUUACGCCCAUUGUGGCUGAUAUACUUUUGCAAGAACGCGCCGAAUCACUAUCCAAGUCCAAAUCGGUCUUGGAGUUUGUACUUUGGGGCCCAUCAGAUGUGGUGCUCUCUGGCUCGACUAAAGAACGCGAGCUUGCACUGCAGCGUUGGUUAGAUCUGGAACGUGCCACUGUACUGCAUGGGCUAGUGCGUACACGUGUCGAGCUGACUGUCUACGACGAAUGCCAUUUAAUGUUCUUGGUGCGUUCGACGGCGAAAAUGAUGAACGAUGCGGCGAAAAUUGUUUGCAGCUACCAACAACCGGAGACAAUACAGCAUCAACAGCAAGGGGAAUAGGCUUAGGAAUAGAUGAGUAUUUUUUUUUUAAUUUUGGCGGAAAGAGUUUGUUGUAAUGUGGAUUUAGGAAUGCUUCUUAAAUGGGAGGGGGUUUUUAAGAUGUCACCAGUAAAAACAGCAAUUUCGUGAAAAGAGUUGUGGCAUAGGUAGCUUUAAAUCCUUAGAGCGCGUUGAUAAUUCGGCAAAAAUUUGAUAUACACUGAUUUUUCAAUGCCAUGCCAGCAUCGCCAAACUUCAUAUUGCAGCAAUGCUGUGCAGCCUUAACAUCAGAAACCACUGCUGGGCAACAAGCUGCACAACAUUAGUCUACGCUAGGCCUUGCUGCCAAAUGGAUAAACCAAUUGCUACUUACUUUAAUUUUGUCAUUUUCAUAUGACUUUUCUUUGCAAUUAUCAGCCAAGUUCGUAGAUUUCCAUAUUUUGCUUUUAAUUUCGUUAAAGACUUGUAAGAUACAUUCCCCAAGCAACAAUGUUGAUAAGCACAGAGCGCAAACAGCAAUGUUGAUAGGCACAUUUUGCGAGCAACAUUGAUUCUCAAUGAUUCUCACAUUUUAGGCGAAUUCAAGCACAGGCAACAAAUUUUGAGCAACAUUUGCCAGCAAUAAAUUAACUGAUUGCUGUUGCAUGAAUUUUCAAUAUUAAAUAUUGAGGUUGUCUAUAAAGAAUUCAUAUAUAGAACUUUUGUAACUUGAUGCAACAUAUUUUAAAGCAGCUGUUUGUUGAUGUUUAGCAGCAUAAACAUUCCGCAUACACGUACGGAGAAUGCUGCUGGUGUGACAGUCCUUAGCCGGAUAUAAAUCCGGGCCGUUCCGGUAACGUAGCAGCGACUGUCGUGGGAGCGUAAAGCAGCUCGUAUAAUUUGCUGUCAUUUAGUUUCCGAGAUUUGUGAAUAAAUUUUAGCAUCCCAUUUGUUUACCAACGACAUCGUGAAGGCCCUUAAAAAAUCCUUUUAAUUGCUAAAAAAGAGUGUAUACUUACAUAACAGAAAAAAUAACAACAACAAGAAAAUUUUCCCUCUUUCAUUUAUUAGCCGAUUAUUUAGAAGGGACUAAUUCUUAGCAUUAAAUACUUCGAAAAAUUGUUUAGCUGCCUUUAAUUGUUUAGCAUUCAAAUACCUGGCUUAUGUAAAGUGCCAAAUUUCCAAAACGAAAAAUAAAAAUAAAAAUCAAAAACAUAAGCAAAAUAGGUAUGUAUGUACAUAUGUCAUAGCAGAAUAAAAAUUCAAUAAAAAAAAAUUGACAAAUGCUCUCUCGCUGUCAAAAACUAAUGUGUAACUUGUAUUUUUCACUUACAAGUAGUUGCAAUACAACAUUUUUGUAAAAAUCUUAAUAACAUUUGUAAUUAAAGUGUUUUCUUUCUCUUG